AUGUAUCACGCCAUUUUCAUUAACGGUGAAUACAGAAUUUUCCUGCCAUUUUCAUUGUCUUCUUCAGCUCUUCCAUUGCAAAAUUCUCAUGGUAUCAGAGCAUUGAAGUUUCUUUUGGCAAUGGCAAGAGAGUUUAAUCAACAAGUAGAGGUUCAACAUCAGCCAGCUCACGCUGAUCCAGCAGUCGAUCCUCUUGUUAUAGAUCAGAGUGCUGGAGAUGCAAAUAAUACUGUUAAUCGAUCGAUAAAUGAUCCUAACAGUCCUUAUUAUCUCCACUAUGGCGACAAUACAGGUAUGCAGCUCAUAGCUAUCAUGUUAUCUGAGGAUAAUUACACCACAUGGAGUCGUGCAGUUAUCAUAGCUCUCAGUGUCAAAAAUAAGGAAGGUUUUAUUGAUGGAUCCAUUACUAAACCUGCUGAGAAUGAUCUGGUUUAUGGUGCUUGGAGGCGAUGCAAUCAUGUAGUUUCUUCCUGGAUCAUAAAUUCCAUUCCAAAGGAACUUUAUCCAAGUGUAAUGCAUAAGGAUUCAGCUCGGCAGAUUUGGAUUGAACUAAAAGAUCGCUACAGCCAAGGAAAUGGAUCUCAAAUUUAUGAGAUAAAGAAGCAAAUUGCUUCAAUUUCUCAGGACAAUAACUCCAUCAAUUCUUACUUCAAUCGGUUUAAAGGCCUAUGGGAAGAAUUAGACAAUUAUAGGCCGGAGGUAAGUAGUGCAGACUACAAAACUGAAGAUCAAGUUAUGCAAUUCCUAAUGGGUCUAGAUGAUUGA